UUAAAGUUGAAGGUGAUAUUAUGUACAAGUCUCAAGAACUAAAGCUCGUACCUUUAUGCGCCACACUUCUCGACGCUUGCAUUUCCUCAAAGAAUUUGAAGAAUUUGAAACGAAUCCACGCGGUCACCAUCACCUUAGGAAUUUCAAGCCAUGACUUCAUUCGAACCAAGCUCGUUUCUUGCUACGCUUCCUGCGCCCAGUUGCACCAUGCAAAUACAAUAUUCUCCUUCGCAAAUCGCAAACCAACUUUCCUCUUCAACGCUCUCAUCAGAGCCCAUUCCAACCUCAGCAAUUUUGCCCAAUCGCUCUCCCUGUUCCGCUUCAUGGUUCUCUCAUACAAGCAGUUUGAUCGCCACACGUUCCCUUCUGUGCUCAAGUCUUGCGCUGGGUUAUCGUCGCUGAGGCUCGGUAAACAGGUCCAUGGAGCGGUUGUGGUUAAUGGGUUUUCCUUUGACUUGGCAAAUUUGAAUGCUUUGAUAAGCAUGUAUGCGAAAUGUGGUGACUUGGCUUGUGCCCGCAAGGUGUUUGAUGGAAUGGUUGAGAGGAACGUGGUUAUCUGGACAACUAUGAUGGCGGGUUAUGGGAUGCAUGGAAUGUUUGGAGAGGUGUUUGAGAUGUUUGAUAGGAUGGUGGAGGCUGGGGAGAGGCCUGAUGGUGUGAGUUUGACGGCGUUGUUGUCGGCGUGUAGCCAUGGCGGAUUUGUGGAGAAGGGAAGGGAGUAUUUUGAGAUGAUGGAGGUGAAGUUUGGUAUUAAGCCAGGGCUGCAGCAUUACACUUGUAUGGUGGAUAUGUUGGGGAGGGUUGGGGAGGUUGAGGAAGCAGAGAGGUUGAUUUUGAGGAUGAAGGUUGAGCCUGAUGAAGCAUUAUGGGGUGCCUUGUUGGGGGCAUGUAGAAAUCAUGGGAAGGUGGAGGUUGCUGAGAGAAUUGCAGAGAGGGUUUGUGGGAGGGAAUUUAGUUUGGCUUCAUCAGUUUGAAUCCAUGAUAAUUCUAGUUAUAUAUGUAUGAGCAAGUUCAUAUAUCUUGCAUGAUCAAACUUAAUUCUUUUAUAUAGUUUUUUUCCGGGGUCUA